UUUCUAUUAAAACUUUUUAGGAAACUAUAAAUCUAACAUCUUGACUUCAAUCCUAAAGAAUUCUUAGAUAUAUAUUACACUGUAUUUACACAAGGAAAAGUAUAUGUUCUACAAUGGGCUCUUUCAAACUUCUUCUCUUUGCCGCUGCUGUUAUUACUGGUGUCAGUACGUUCACCUGCCCAAAGUGUACGAACGAGAAUAACUGGAGAUCUUGUACAGACACCCAGACUUGUACAGGCAAUGUGGACAUUUGUCAGCUGAUUGUGGAGAAUGAUGGCACCAGACACAAGCUGGAUUAUCACUGCUCACACAGCCAGAACUGUCAUGACGAGCACGAGACUCAACAUUGUGACAUCAACGUGAAUGGACACUGCCAAUUCUGCUGUAACUCCAUCGCUUCAUGUAAAACACAAAGGGAGGGAAUCUUCGACACUUGCGAACUAGAGUUUUGUCCUUAGUGCCAACUAGAACAAGGCUUUGAGAGGAGAAUAAAUCUGAUAUUGUGAAUAAAUCGUUGCCAAGAGUCAAA